UACGCUCUAGGGUCCCCAGGCUCGGUCAGCCAAGGAUCUUAUUCAUAUGUUAAUUAAUGUCUAUAAAUACCUACUACAACUUCGCCGUGCCAAAAGCACAUCUCCUAAGGGUUACAUAAUAAACACAAGGGCUUGUUUGCCUGUAUUGUGGGGAUUUUUUUUGUACCGGGGUCCGCCUGCCAUCUGCCACUUUGAAGGAUCAUAACGUAACUGUGGAAUACAAACGCAGCUUUCUGCACUGUGUGGGUGAAACCAACAUGGCCCCCUCAUCUAGACCCAACAAAAACGGAUCUAACAGGGGCGAGGACGAAUAUUAUGGAAUAAAGGGAGACAGAAAGGCAAGAAAGCCUUUGGUGGAAAAAAAGAGGCGAGCCCGCAUCAAUGAAAGUUUGCAAGAACUCCGUACACUUCUUGCAGACACAGAGUUCCAGUCAAAGAUGGAGAAUGCCGAAGUGCUGGAAAUGACCGUGAAGCGAGUUGAAAACAUCUUACAGAAAAGAGCCCAGGAGGUCGACACGGUGAACCGAGAAGCGAGCGAGAGGUUUGCAGCUGGCUAUAUCCAGUGUAUGCAUGAGGUGCACACAUUCGUGUCCAACUGCCCGGGAAUUGACGCCACGGUGGCUGCGGAGCUUCUCAACCACCUUCUGGAAAGCAUGCCUUUGAACGAUCAGGACCACUUCCAGGACAUAAUUGUGGAUUUAAUGUCGGACUCCAGUAACGGCAGCGCAUGGCCGGCCACUGAGGGGAUUUAUGCGGCGCUGGUGUCUCCUGGGGCUCGAAGUAUGUCCAGCAGCAGUCCGCUUGCCCUCUCGCCGGCUCCCUCCACCACAUCCAGCGAGGACCUCGGUUCUGAUCUGGAAGAAACCGAAAGUGAACAGAACCACAUAUCUCCCGAGGUCGUGGAGAACAGAGAGGUCCAAAACAUGCCCACAACGACCUAUACCAAAUAUAUGUGGAGACCGUGGUAGAAGUCAAACCCUUGUUUUUCCACGCUGACAUAGUUACUAACUGUGCUUGAGUCUACCCAAUGUACUUAGUCGGUUUUAGAUCUAAUUUCUGCAGUGCGGGUGUUUUUUUUUCCCUUCUGGUGAUGUUUUAAAGUACCCUGCACUGUUUCUUUCUGGAUCUUUGAUCAUUGAUCCCGGAAAGGCACCCGCCAUGUAAAUAUGUAUGUUUAGAGGGAUAAUCACGGAAAAAGCUCUUUUUAAAAGGAAAAAGGCAGAACCUUAAUAUUGGUUAUGUCUGUACACAUGUAAUCGACGUGAACUCUAAAGAUUAUAAGUAAACAUUUGGCUUUUUAAAUGUUCUAUGCUAGGGAUAAUGUGUCUUUGCAUCACCACGAUCAAUCUUCCAUAGCGGUGUUUCUCACUCAAGUAGGCACGAAUGUCUUCCUUCAGUGAAGGAAGGGCAGUUUACUCAGAUGUAAAUACUAAAUUGUGGUAGGGACUUUGUAUUAGAGCAGAUUUGUGCCUAUAAAUAGCACGUGAAAACACUGACUUGCAGUGAUUGUAUAUGUAGGUUUUUAUUAGUUUUGAUCGAUAAAUUAAGUUGUUCGAUAUAGGAUUAUUAUAAAGAAGAUUGAUAUUUGAAUGAGCUUAUUAUUGUUAUGUACGUCUUGUCUAAGUUCAGAGUCUCACUGUAUCUAUGUAUCACGUUCUACACACAACGUGGUUCUUUAAUGAAUCUAAUAUCUUGUUUUAAGUCUAUUAAACGUAAUUACACCCCGAA